AUGCGUUUUUGUUGGAUAGUGCAUUGGGCGGCAGUGGGAGCGGCAGUGGGAGGAGCAGUGGCGGCAAGGCGUGGGGCGGUGGGAGCGAGGGGAGGAGCAGCAGGAGACGUGUCACGGCAGCAAGUGACAACCUCGAGAGUCUGGACUAUGAGUAGGGUUCUCGACUCAGAGUGGCAUCACGGCCAGUGGCAGGCAAUGACUCAAGCAGACAGAAUAUUCCACACCACCUUGCGCUGGCUGCUCGUUCUCCUCAUCGGCACGUGCACCGGCCUCAUCGCGUUUCUGGUCAACCUCGCAGUUGAGGCAAUCGGUGGUGCCAAGUUUGGCCUCGUGUUCUCGCACAUCAAAGGCCAAAACUUUCUAGGAGGCUUCCUGGUGCUGGCAGCGACCAACUUGGGUCUUGUACUCGUUUCAACGUGCCUCUGUAACGGGAUAGCGAUGGAGGCAGUGGGAUCCGGUAUUCCCGAGGUGAAGGGGUAUCUGAACGGCGUCAGCACCCCUGCUGUCCUCUCCGCUAAAACCCUCCUCGUUAAGGCGCUGGGCAGCAUAGCAGCCGUGGCAGGAGGGCUAGCAGUGGGCAAGGAGGGGCCUCUGGUGCACUGUGGGGCAUGCAUCGCCAGCAUCCUGGGCCGUCUCAGCCAUCGGAUCUCCGCCCGCCGCGAUCUCAGCCGUCCGCGCAAGCCGCGGAUCCAGGCAGCUAGCUCCUUCGCCUCUUUGGGACUGUUCUUCAAUCACGGGUCGAUCAAGGCUUUAAGGACGCCGGUGUGGGUGCACAGCGACAGGGGUUUAAGAGACCUGGUGACGUGCGGUGCUGCCUCGGGUGUGGCUGCUGCGUUUCUUGCUCCUGUGGGUGGUGUGCUGUUCGCCUUGGAACAAGUCACCUCCUGGUGGCGCAACUCCCUCAUCUGGCGAAUCUUCUUCACCAAUGCCGUGGUAGCCAUGGUUCUCCGAGCCUGCAUCUCCCUGUGCGAGGGCGAUAGGUGCGGCGGCAGCUUCGGGUCCCGAGGCUUCAUCCUGUUCGACCGAAGCAAGUCCCGAACCGACUUUGGGCUGCUGGAGGUGGUGUCGGUGGCCCUGCUGGGCGUGGUGGGCGGGCUGCUUGGUGGUCUGUUCAACCAUUUGAACGUCAAGCUCUGUGCUUACAGGAAGAACAGACUGCACAGGCACGGGCGCCUCAUUUCACCCUCCAGGCACGGGGCAUGGGCGAGGGUGCUGGAGGUGCUCCUCAUCUCCCUCCUCACCUCCGCUCUUCGCUUCUACGGUCCCUUCCUCGCCUCCUGCCUGCCCUGCCCUCAAGACCCUGAUGAAAGAGGGGGCUUGCCGCAAGGUUCUUUCAACUGCCCGAGUGUUGUCGGAACGGGCGACCACAAGGCCUUUGCCUGCCCGGACGGGCAGUAUAAUGAUCUCGCGAGCUUGGUGUUUACGACGAACGAUGAUGCCAUUGGGAAUCUUUUCCGCACCGGGUCUUUUGGGAUAUUCACCUACUCCUCCCUGGUCCUCUCUUUCACCACCUUCUUCCUUCUCGCCACACUCACUUACGGCGCAGCAGUCCCGGCGGGUCUCUUUGUGCCUUCCAUCCUCUGCGGUGCCUCCUACGGCCGAAUGGCAGGCAUGCUCAUGACCCACCUCUACACGUCUCUUCUCUUGUCUUUCACAAUCUACUUUGCUCUCGCCACACUCACAUACGGCACAGCAGUCCCGGCCGGACUCUUCGUUCCCUCCAUCCUCUGCGGUGCCUCCUACGGCCGUAUGGCCGGCAUCUACUCCUCUCUGCUCCUGUCUUUCACAAUCUACUUUGCUCUCGCCACACUCACAUACGGCACAGCAGUCCCGGCGGGUCUCUUCGUCCCCUCCAUCCUCUGCGGGGCCUCCUACGGCCGUAUGGCCGGCAUCUACACGUCUCUUCUCCUGUCGUUCACAAUCUACUUUGCCCUCGCCACACUCACAUACGGCACAGCAGUCCCGGCCGGACUCUUCGUUCCCUCCAUCCUCUGCGGUGCCUCCUACGGCCGAAUGGCCGGCAUGUUCAUGGUAACCCUAUUCGGCCCACACCGGGUGGGGGAAGGCACCUACGCGCUCCUCGGUGCCGCGUCUUUUUUAGGUGGCUCCAUGCGCAUGACCGUUUCGCUCUCGGUCAUCCUGCUGGAGCUCACGGGCAGCUUGAAACUUUUGCCGCUGGUGAUGGUGGUGCUGCUGGUGUCGAAAUCGGUGGGGGAUUUGUUCAACCGGAAUAUAGACGACUCGCAUGUUGACCUGAAAGGAAUUCCUUACCUUCCGGAGAACUGCACGCAUCAGGAUUUCACUUUGUUCGAGGAAGACGGGGAGGAGGGUGAGGGGCGGAAGGAGGGUGAGGAAAGGGGGGAAGGAGAGAAAGGGGGUGUUCUAAGCAGAGUCACAGCAGACAACAAACAUCAGCAGCAGCAGCAGCAGCAGCAGCAGCAGGAGCAGAAACAGAAACAGCUGGUGACAGGCAUGGGAUGCAGUUUUGGUGCAGCUGCUGAUAUCUUGUCACCCCAAUCCCCUCCAAUGACUCCUCAACAAUCCACCCCUCCUUUCUCAAGAUUCCCCGCAGUAACCUUCGUGCCCCGGAAUUCCCACCACUCCUUCUGGAAGCCUCACCAACCCUGCCAGCCCUGUCAGCCCUAG